GAUAGCAAACAGGCAGAGCGUACAGUGUAGGGCCUCAUCAGGAUGACCCAAUAGGAGCCCCACUCGGGCAACAGACAGGACAGGCAUCGGCCAUGGAAGGACUUGAGCCUUGGGUAGAUUCAGAUGUGGAGCUGCAGACCAUGGGCCACCUCUGACCUUCAUCUGUGUGUUCCUGUGGUGGAGUGCAGACCCGUGACCUUAAGGGGGAUGGGAGCCCCAGGGUUUUCUCUGUAGCCUUGCCUACUUAAGGUGGAUACAAAAACAGGGCAACAGAGCUUUGACCUCUUGGUGAUCGGUGGGGGAUCUGGUGGCCUAGCUUGUGCCAAGGAAGGCACCAAGUGGGGUCUUGGUGGCACCUGUGUCAACGUGGGUUGCAUACCCAAGAAGCUGAUGCAUCAGGCCGCACUGUUGGGCGGCAUGAUCAGAGAUGCUCACCACUAUGGCUGGGAGGUGGCCCAGCCUGUCCGACACAACUGGAAGACAAUGGCAGAAGCCGUGCAAAACCAUGUGAAGUCCUUGAACUGGGGUCAUCGAGUCCAACUGCAGGACAGGAAAGUCAAGUACUUUAACAUCAAAGCCAGCUUUGUCGAUGCGCACACAGUUCUCGGUGUGGACAAAGGUGGGAAGGCGACUCUGCUUUCAGCCGAGCACAUAGUCAUUGCUACAGGAGGACGGCCAAGGUACCCCACACAAGUCAAAGGAGCCCUGGAAUAUGGAAUCACAAGUGACGACAUCUUCUGGCUAAAGGAGUCCCCUGGGAAAACGUUGGUGGUUGGAGCCAGUUACGUGGCCCUAGAGUGUGCUGGCUUCCUCACUGGGAUUGGACUGGACACCACGGUCAUGAUGCGCAGCGGCCCUCUCCGAGGCUUUGACCAGCAAAUGUCAUCUUUGGUCAUAGAGCACAUGGAAUCUCAUGGCACCCAGUUCCUGAAAGGCUGUGUCCCCUCCCUUAUCAAAAAACUCCCAACUAACCAACUGCAGGUGACUUGGGAGGACCAUGCUUCUGGCAAGGAGGACUCCAGCACCUUUGACACUGUCCUGUGGGCUAUAGGGCGAGUUCCUGAAACCAGAAAUUUGAAUCUGGAGAAGGCUGGUGUUAAAACCAACCCUGAGAAUCAGAAGAUCAUUGUGGAUGCUCAGGAGGCCACGUCUGUACCCCACAUCUACGCCAUUGGGGAUGUUGCCGAGGGGCGGCCGGAGCUGACACCCACAGCCAUCAAGGCAGGGAAGCUUCUGGCUCAGCGGCUUGUUGGGAAAUCCUCAGCCUUAAUGGAUUACAGCAAUGUUCCCACAACCGUCUUUACACCCCUGGAGUACGGCUGUGUCGGGCUGUCUGAGGAGGAAGCUGUGGCCUUGCAUGGCCAGGAGCAUGUAGAGGUUUACCAUGCGUAUUAUAAGCCCCUAGAGUUUACGGUGGCAGAUCGGGAUGCAUCACAGUGCUACAUAAAGAUGGUAUGCUUGAGGGAGCCCCCACAACUGGUGCUGGGCCUGCACUUCCUUGGCCCCAACGCUGGAGAAGUCACCCAAGGAUUUGCUCUUGGGAUCAAGUGUGGGGCGUCAUACGCACAGGUGAUGCAGACAGUGGGGAUCCACCCCACCUGCUCUGAGGAGGUAGUCAAACUGCACAUCUCCAAGCGCUCCGGCCUGGAGCCUACUGUGACUGGUUGCUGAGGUUAAGUCACCAUCCCUGCUGCACUAAGGACACACAACGUGCCAUGUGCCCAGUACAAGGCUCCGCAGACACCUGGAUCCAGGACUGGAAGGCCUUGAUGCCUCUCCGCGAUCUGAGAAGAUGUGGAUGGAGCACCGUGUGUCUGCAUAGAUGGCGUGUGUCCUGCAGGGAUGACUGCACCCCUACACCCCCUGGCCAGCCUUCACACACUGCCAGCGUCAGAUGAUGAUGGCCUGGGCAGAAACCCCAUGUGGGCUGCCCAGGUUUGAACCCCUGGCAGUUCUGGAGUGCUAAUAAAGAGGGUGUUUUACUAAA